CGUCCACACAGACAGUCAAACACCCCCGCCACUGUUGUUCGGUACGCAUGCGCGAUUCUCCUUCUCUCGUGUAAUGGCGACAUGUGCUUUUGCAGGGAGUCCACUUGUAGGAGAGACGGCAGCAUUUAAGCUGUUUGUGGGCUGAGCGGGUGUGAGAGCUGUGCAAGCUUGAAAACUGAAAAAUUUUUUUUUUUUUUCGCUACUGGGAUUUUACUUUUACUUAACUGACUGAUUACAACAACAACGGACUUUACCCGCAGCAAUUUGUGUGUCUACCCACAAGACACAUCUUUGGGGGAAAAAAUUUGAAGAAGAGAAAAAAAAAAAAAAGACAUUUUUUUUUUCUGUCUGUCUGCCUCAGUUAUUUCAGGAGAUAAAAACGAUAACAAGCAAGGAAAAAAAGAAAGGAUCCCUUUUAAAUAUUUUGAUGAAAAAAACUCUGCUAUAAGAGACAUUUGUGUGUGUAUAUAUAUAUAUAUACUUAAUUACACACACUCAUAUACAUACAUACAUACAGGGCAUAUAUUUAGCUAUAGAAAACUAUAUAUACAUAUAAAGCAUUAGUGCUCGUUUGUGUGUGUGUAUAUUAUAUACAUUACAUAAAGUACAUCUAUAUAGUACAAAAAAAAGGACAAUUUAAAAAAAAAUAUAUUGGUGAAGGAUAAAACACGGAAUGCUAUUAUAAAAUUAAGCCAAAAAAAGAAAGCUCUGCAUAUAUAACCCCCUCCAGAAGCAGCUAAUUCCGUUUAUUAAUUGGAAAUUCCUCAAAACCAGGAUUACUAUUAUUAUUAUUGUUAUUAAUAUUCUGAUUAUUUUUCGUUUUAAUCUCUUCUUAAUUUUGCAAAGAAAGAGAAAAGAAAAAAGAAAUACAAGCUUUGAAUCACAAAUUUUUGUUGCUGCUUAAGCAAGAUUUAUUAUUCCUCUCUUACGAUUAUUCAAAUGUUUUUGAAAUUUUUGGUGUGAAUGAACCUAAAUAAGAUACAUUUGAGAUCGUAUUAAUUUCUUUUUAUUAAACUUUGUUUCCUUUUUACAAUUCUUGCUGAAGUUAAAAAGCGCUUUUUAUAUUGUUUAUAUAAUAAUAAUAAUAAUAAUCAUUAUAAUUGUCGUCAUUACUAGAUCUAAGAGCAAAAAUAAAACUUGCACCAUCAUCUAUGUAUGGUAUUUUCUAUGUGCUUUAACUACCAGCAGUCUGACAAGGACUUCUAGUUAACCUGGAGCACGUUCGAGGAGACACAAAAGACAUAUCUUGCUUUGAUCAGUCUUUUCUCGAGAAACCGUUCAAUAUGGCGACAAAGGUCUCAUCACAGUCGACGGGCACCUCAUCGUCAACAACACACCUCGUCUCCUCUCCGGACUGUAGCAGCACUCAUCGAAAUAAAACAGUCGCCGAGAACCAGAGAAAGUCAAAGAGCGAAACCAACGCCAGUCCCACGACUAGUUCCAAUACCCAUGCCACAGCUAUGUCCUCUCCGACCGCAGUAGCCUCUUCCGGCCCCAACGGACACUCUGCUACUACUAAUAGUAGCCAUAAUAAUAAUAAUAAUACCUCGACAGCUGACGAUGGGAAGAGGAACUCCAAGUCAGAUUCCAGUAAGGGUUCAAACACGCAAACACGUGUCGAAGUGAAGAAAUUCGACAACAAAACAUAUGUCGAAGCUCCCCUGCCAAAGCACAAUCCAUGGAAUAAGGGUAAAACUGGAAACAGCAAACAAGCUAAUCCUACACCGAUCGAGACUGUGACGAAAGUUCAAGAAACAAAAGUUAUUAAAAUUACACAAGAUAAGAAAGUAGAUGUGCCCAAGUCUCGCCUCACACCAACACUGGCAGCGACUACAGAUAUGGAUGGUUCUAAUGGCUUUCAUGAUGACAAUUGGCCUGCUUUAAGUGAAGUAACUGAUCUUCAAGUUACAAAAAAAUCAGCACGAUCCUCUAACAACACACACUCUCCUGUACCAUCAUCAAAUGGCCAGAAUGACUCUGGAGGAGAUGACAGUGCCAAAGAGAAUAAGGAGAAUGGUGCAGUUGCAGAAGAUGCAAAUAAGGGCGCUAAAAAGAAAGGAUGCCGACAGAAAUGGGUUCCACUGGAAAUAGAGCCACCCAAAGUUCACGGUAACAGACGCAGUCGUAGCCAAGGCCGCAGAGGAGGUGCAUCAACUGCAUCAAUUCCUCGUAGACCGAUGGGAGAUAAGUUGAAAAAAACAGAACCUGGCUCCAAAGUCCCAGAGUCUGGCAACUGGAGAGACGGUAUGGCACCACUCAGCCCAAAAGAAAUGCAAAGAUCUUACCGUGGCGGACGUCGAGGAAGGGGCCGUGGUCGUGGUGCUGGCGGAAGUGGACGAGGACGUGGAAGGGGGUUUUCUCUGCAUGAUCCUUACCAAUAUGAUCCAACAGCCUAUUUCAAUGGGACCAUGUACUAUGGCAUUCAGUCUUAUGACAACGCACAAGUGAAAGAAUUCAUCAAAAGUCAAAUAGAGUACUAUUUGUCAGAAGAUAACUUGAACCGGGAUUAUUUCCUACGGCAGAACAUGGAUCAGGACGGAUGGAUUCCUUUAACGCUCAUCUCAACGUUCCGGCGAAUUGCCAACGCCACUAAAGUUAUGGAUGUUAUUAUUGAGGCACUUCAAGACAGUGAUUCAGUUGAAUACUCUGUAGAUUUGAAUGCUGUUCGACCUAAAGAAGGUCCGUCAAAAUGGCCUGUCUCGGCACCAGUUUUGCCUCCCAAAAGUAACCUUCACCCAGAUGUUCCAGAAUUUAUUCCAGGCCAAACUUAUGCAUUCCCUGAACGCAAUACUGAAGAUAGCCAUAGCCUGGGAGGAACUGAAAGCAAAGAAUCUGAAGACACCAGCAUAAAUGAGGAAACUCCCAGUGAACCUACACCCGAAGGUGUUCCUUCAAACUUACUUACCAUACCUCCUGUCGUCUCACAAAGUGCACCAGAUUUACAGGCUGAAUGGGUUCAGGUACGAAACCGCAAGAAAUGUGCACAGAAAGAAAAACGAAGUCGAGAGCAGGAUGAUAAAGCUGAUGAUACAGAGCGAGAAGAGUUGAAUUUUAUGCUUGAUGAAGAAUUAGAGCAACUUGAAGUUGGACGACGCAACUGCUUCAGUGAAUGGUCUGAUGACGAAGAUUUGCCAGAUGAAAUUGAUGACUCAGAUAUUAACAAAAUUCUCAUCGUUACUCAGACACCCCCGGCUCUCCGAAAACAUCCAGGGGGCGACCGGACUAAUGAGGCAACGUCAAGAGUGAAAAUAAAUACCGAAUGCUAUCAUAUUAUAAAUGAUGGCUUGCGCUAUUAUGAAAACUUGUGUUGGGAUACCAAUCUGCUGAAUGAUUUCAAAGAGUAUCGUACUUUGAAUAUGAUUAGCAAAGAAGAAUUUGACAGUCUUGCUCCAUACAAACCAAAUGAUACAAACCAAGAAAUUCCUCCUCCACCACCACCACCUGCUCAUGAGAGACAUCCACAAACACCAUCACAGACAGAAUUAUCACGGUCAUUGCCGACAUACGUUCCAGAAACACCUGGAUACUUUGAAGGUCCUCGAACUCCAAAAUAUGUACGAAAUGACAUGUUACCACGCUUUUAUCCUGUGGUGAAAGAUUCCAGUCGACCUCCAGAUCCCCAGACUCCAAGAAAGCAAAAAACCAAAUAUAGUAAUAACCCGCCAAUUGAAAGCCAUGUUGGUUGGGUAAUGGAUGCCAAAGAACAUCGACCAAGGUCCAGACACAGUUCCAGCUCAUAUUCUCAAAGCCCUAGUGAUAGUGCAUUGUCAACAAGUGCUCCCCAGACAUUCCCGCUAUUCCAACAUCCAUCAUAUGAACUGCUGAAAGAGAAAAACUUUGUCUGGACAGUUUAUCAUAAGUACCAUGCCAAAUGUCUUAAAGAGAGGAAAAAGCAAGGAAUUGGUCUUUCUCAAGAAAUGAACACAUUAUUCCGCUUUUGGUCAUUCUUCCUUCGAGAACACUACAACAAAAAGAUGUACAUUGAAUUUAAGACGUUGGCCUGUGAAGAUGCUAAAGCUGGAUAUCGGUAUGGUUUGGAAUGCUUAUUUCGCUUCUACAGUUAUGGUUUGGAAAAACGAUUUCGAAGUGAAAUAUAUCAAGAUUUUCAAGAAGAAACUAUUAGAGAUUAUGAAAAUGGUCAGCUGUAUGGUUUGGAGAAAUUUUGGGCAUUCUUAAAAUAUUCUCGAAGAAACGUGGAUGUGGAUUCCAAAUUAAAACAGUGGUUAUCAAAAUACAAACGCUUAGAAGAUUUCCGGAAAGAGCCUGAUGCAGAUUUAUUUAAGAGUCAAUCAGCUGAACCAAAGCCAACGAAGGGUAUUGAUAUUCCAGCUUCCAGCCACUUGUCACACUCGUUAUCGUCGUCAACGCAUCCAUCGAGUUCCCAUGGAGACUGAGUUGCACCACAUGUGUAAAACCUGCUGGUGGCUCAUGCAAAGCUUUACACUACUGUUGAUUAUCAAAUGUAUUCAGGGUAAACCACGACAGUGAUGAUGAUAAUGAUUACAGGCAUCUUUUUUUUCCCCCCCUCCAACUAUGAUAACAGCAAUGGCGCUAAAGAUAUUUUAAAUGAAAAGCUAAAAAAAAAUGAGAGCAAAAAAAAAACAGAAAAAACAUGCUAUAUUUUGAUAAGGGAGUCUUCUGCUCUGCUUUUUUUUUUUUUUUUUUUUUUACUGUGUAUAUAA